GUCACAUCCUCCGGCCGCCUCACGAGAAGAAUCAGCGCCUAUCUCCACCGUCCACUAAAAUAUCUAGCCACGCGUCGCCCAUCGACGGCCCACAUUCACACGCCAAAAUACUCUAUAUAAACUCGCCGGACAUUAAUAAUCCUCACCGCACAUUCAUUCACUUCUCUGUAGAAAAAACAGAGCAUCCAUUAACAGAACAGGGGCGACCAUUUCCUUCCCUCAGAGAACACAACAAUGGCGGUGGUUAGAACAAAGACCUUAGCUUUCACAGCAAUCGUGCUUGCCGCUCUGCUCCACAGCUCCGCCGCUCAGAGUACCUACACCGUCGGCGGAACCACCGGCUGGACCAUCCCUCAGGGCGGCGAUUCUGUUUACACCAAUUGGGCCUCCGGCAAUUCGUUCGCCGUCGGUGACAUUCUCGUAUUCAAUUUCGCCGUCGGAAUUCACGACGUGACGCAAGUGAGCAAGGCGAACUAUGAUGCCUGCUCUGCAUCCGACCCGAUGCUGAUUGCGACAAUGAGUCCGGCCAGAGUGACGUUGAACUCCUCCGGCGAGCAUUACUUCAUCUGCGGCUUCCCCGGCCACUGCAGCGCCGGCCAGAAGGUCACCGUCAACGUCCUCGCUUCCAACUCUGCUCCCUCUCCGGCUCCCAUGGCUUCUUCUUCUCCUGCUCCACGCCGAGCUCUCACCCCUGCUUCCGCUCCUUCCCCUGCCUCCACCGCCUCGGCUCCGACCCCGUCGACUUCCCCUGUUUCCGGCGAUUCUCCGUCGUCGGCGCCGGGUUCAUCCGCCAGGCCGCCGAUGACUUACACGGUGGCGGAUUCUUUCGGGUGGAACAUCCCCAGGAACGCUACUCUGUUCCAGAGCUGGGCCGCCGGCAAGGACUUCAUGGUCGGCGAUGUCCUCGUUUUCAACUACUCCGCCGGCGCUCACAACGUGGCGGAGGUGACGAGCGACGCCUACGCGGCGUGCACCACCACCAGCCCGAUAUCUCUGGACAGCAUGCCGCCGACCAGAAUCACGUUGACCACUCCCGGCGAGCAUUUCUACCUCUGCGCAAUUCCCGGCCACUGCACCGCCGGCCAGCAGCUAUCCAUCAAUGUCACCGGCGAAGCCGGCGGUGCUUCCCCAUCAGGAUCGCCGUCUCCCGGUUCGGGCGACAUGGCCCCGCCGUCGCCCAAUUCCGCCGCGUCCGUCGCCGGAGUGUCGGCCGCCGCGCUUUUGUCGGUUUUCGUAGCUCUGCUGUUUUGAGUGGACUGAGUAGCUAACUAGUAGUAAAGCGCGUGAAAUUCUCUUCCUUUUUUUCUCCCUUUUGGCUCUUCGAUUAUUUCCUUUGUGCCUUUGUUCAUUGUUGUUGACUAGUUAUAGAUAAGAUAUGAAUGAUUUUAUCACAUAUUGUAUUAAUAAAAUCCAUUUUCGAGCCUCGAUGAAUGCAGAUUUCACAAUGAAAGGACAAUGUACUUUAUUCAAAAAAAAAGAAAGGACAAUGUAGAAACCCGAGAAUAAAUCGUAAACUUUACGAGAGUAUUUUCCAUGAGAACUUAAUAGUUUGAUUGAUUGCUUCUCCAUAAUCUCGUGAUCAUAUUCAUUAGGUUCAUCAUAUACGUAGUUGCCGGAUGUUAAAUUCUAUUAUAACAACUCCAAAACAGGAUAAUUGUGUUUUAAAGUUGAUUACUUAGCCAAAUCAUGUCAGAUUACGCUUUUAUAGUACCUACAUUUACAAUCAGCCAAGUGUCUAGUAACCUUUUGAAAGUCAAAGCUCUUGAGAAUGGCUUAAAGGGUUUAUCGUGCCUUGCUUUGCAUCAAUCCCUUUUGGGGGUGGGGGAAGUUGAGAUAACAUGAACUUUGGUGACUAUCAAUCAAAAGGAAUCCCUUCUUUAGGGAACUUUCUAAACUAAUGGGUCGUUUAGAUGAUAAAAUCGGAUGAAAUAAUUUGACCCAAUUACGCAAAAAAUAAAGUAAUCGUAUCAAGUUUCAUUGUUUGGGAACAGAAAAUAGGAAUGCAUCAAUGGGACCGUGACAAUUUGAAAUGCUCCAUUUUGCAUCAAUCUGAAUUGAUAGGGGGGAGGGGGCAAGCAUUUCGAAAUGAUACAUCAAUUGUGAUACGAAGUAAUUUCUUCAUCCAAACGACCUCUUAGUGGUUUGCUUGUCGGAUUUGAAAACAAGAGUUUUGAAUUUUGAAAAUCUGCCGCAGAUUUGAUGCAUUAUGUAAUUGAAGGAGCCCAUUGUUUGUGUAGUUAAUUAUUUUUAUCAUGGACUCAUAUCUUUCUGUACCAAUAUUUUCUCGCCUCAAACGAAAUCAUAAAUAAAACACGAGAUUUACAAUUCCAACAUCAAAAUCUGUGCAGUCCACUCCACUCCACUCCCCUCCACGAAGUUAGCUUCCAAUUGUUGAAUCCAACAAACAAGAGAAUUGCUCAAACUCAUCGUGCUCGGAAUUUGGACGACAAAUCCGUCACUCAAAUCCAACGAGGAGAUCAACCAUAACCUCUUUUGUUAUCAAGCUCAUCUCACUCUCAACUUGUCAUCCAUGUGGUGAGGGGAAUGCACCAAUGCCAAGAGAAAAGAUAAGGACAAAUGAGAAAAGGAGUCAAAGUAAUGGAGUCCAUUCACUUCACAAAGACGGGUUAGGUUGCAUAGGAAACUAUAUGAAGAGGACAAAAGGGUAUGGCCCUUCCUCCAUAACAAUAUCUUUGCAAAAAUAUCAACAAAGUAGGGUUCUUUUUCACUAUAUGUCGUUCUCAUGGAUUGGAUUCUUCAGGAAAGAGUUAAUUAGGGUUGGUGGUGGCCCGAAUAAUUGCCGGAAGUUUGA